AUGCCACGUUCCUUUUUGGUGAAGCAACUGAAGGUCCACGAUUUCUCCUCCUCUUCCAAUCAUCAGCAUUACUCAGACGGAUCGUACACGCUCACACGUGCCAUCACCGAGUCCGCCACCAACUUGGCGGUCCGUUUGAGUGAAAAUGGUGAGUCAAGAUUCCUUAACAUUUCUGUCUACACAUUGCAAACAUGUAGUAAAAAAAGCAAAUUUUCAUUGUUAUUGUGCUUAUUGUAUAAAGAUUAGAGUUGUAGGUUUUAGAUUUUUUUCAAUAGUGUAUUUGUUCAGGAAUUGAAUGAAAAACAUACUUUUAUAAAGAAUCUAAAUAAACGGACCAACCCCUUGAUCCAUGUUUUUCCUUCUGCCAUGAAGCCUGUGAUGUUGUGUUUGCUAUUUAAUCCCCCCACCCCCUUUCCCCCCACCCCUCCCCAGUCCACCCCAUGCCUCCAGUGAUGCUAAAUAGUAUUCAGGUCACUCUGGACCAAUCAGUUUAAUACCGAGCAGAUCACACAACAGGCUUUGGCUUUAAUACUAUUGUGUACAUGUACAUGGAUGCGUGCAUUAGGCUCAAAAUCCCAUCCAAGCCUUUGUGAGGUCUAAAACCUCUACACCAACACCACCAGAAAGCAGAUAUCCACAUGUAACUGGUUUGUCCUUAGCUGGUGCUGUUGCCCUUGAGUUGUUCCCUGUUAUCUACCCCCCCCCCCCCCCCCCCCCCCCCCCCCCCCACACACACCAUCUCUCCAUCCCUCUAUCUCCACAUCCCUUCAUCCCAUCUGAUCUUACAGGAUGCUAGAUACCCACAGGGGGUCGAAUUGUAGCAAUUCAAUCCCUCUCUUUCUCUCUCUAAAAUCCAUUGACAAAAGACACUGAGUUGUAUCAGUUUAUCAGAAAAAAACAAUGUAAAAUGGUAAAGAAAUUGCAUUCAUUAGAAAAUAUAACCUUAAAUGGAAAAGGGCAACAUGCUUUAUGUAACAUCAUUAAUUUAUCAUGUCACAGAAUUGAUACAAAAAACGAGAGGAGAGUACAAUCAACUUUAGAUGUACAUGAGGUUUUGUCAAUUGAUGCUGUGAUUUCAGGGAAAAACACUUCCAUAGAAAUGUGUGGUGUGUUGUUAGUGGAAUGUCCAUCAUAACUACAGAGCUUUGGCUCGCCGGAUCAUUUGUCCCCAGAAUUAGGAUGCCAGCUGUCUGGUUCCCUUUGUGUUGCAAGGGGGAGCACAAUAUAUUGUGCACUGCUGUCAAGAUCAGCCUAUAACCCCCCUUCGCCUCCCCCUCUCCAUUCCCAUCCCCAAAUCACACUGCACCUGUCAUUCAAUCUAGCCAUUACCAUACUCACAGGCACUUUCAACACGCCACAGAUGGAGAAUGAUCUGAUUAAAAUGAUUUAGGGCUUUGGGGGAUUUCUCUACUGAGACAUUGUUUUGUUUUGGCCCCCACUACGAUAACAGAUUUAGAUAUGGUGGCAUGGGAUGGGAUGGCGACAGGUGGAUCAGUUGUGGAGAACUAACAAGUGUGUUUCAUUUUAUGACUGUUGUGUCCAUGUCAGUGCAUAGAACUUGCGUUUCGUCUGUGAUGGUCUUUUUGAUAUAGCUAAACAAUGAUAGUCCUCGUAUGUGUCCCAAAUGGCACCCUGUUACCUACAUAGGGCACUAGUUUUGAACAGAGCCCUAUGGGGGACCCUAUGGGCCCUGGUCAAAAGUAGUGCACUAUAUAGGGAAUAGGGUGCCAUUUGGGAUGCAAGCCUUGUUUUGAGCCGGAUGAGUAUUGAUCGGUGCAAAACGGUGCACUGAAGAGUCAUUCAUAUUUAAUUUCAAAGCUUGCUGAACCAAGCAUUUGCAAAUGGUUUCCUGUAACAGUUUCAUAUUGAUCCGCAAUGCAUGGAUGACUCGGAUCAGCUGUCUUUCACUCAAUGGCUCAACAAUAAAAAAAAUAUAUACUUUCAACUGGAAUCAGAAAGAGUCUGGAAUCAUAAAACCAUAGAAUCUUCGACCCAAAAAACAUAUCUUGUGAAAUGCAUUUAGUAAAAAUCAGUAUAAAGGCUAUACAUUUAAAAUGCCACAAUUGUUGCCAAAAAUGCCUUUAUUUAUUCCAAAUCUUUCUCUUCCAAACAUGCUACAGGCUACAUCCAGGAUUACGUCAUCCCCUCAAUAUGCCAGAGCACAAAGGGGUCGAGGAGGCAGACCGGGCUCUCCGCGGGGCCCCUGUACUCCCCAGGGAGCACCGGGGGCAGCGGGGGGGAGGACUACUCCGACCAUGACAUGGAGCAGCCCGACAGCCCCUGCUCAGGCAUGACCACCGAGUCGGACAGCAGCAGCUACACGGCGGACGCCUUCCUCAUCUCUGACGGCCGCUCUCGGAGAAGGGCCAACCACAGGCAAACAAAAAAGGAAGGUGAGGAGAGAAACAGCAUUGCAGAAGUGGUCUCCACAGGGGCCAAGCCUGCCAAAGGGAAGUCUGGAAAGUCUAAGGGACCAGGGCGCCACACGUGCAGCGAAUGCAGCAAGACCUACGCCACCUCGUCCAACCUGAGCCGCCACAAGCAGACACAUCGCAGCCUGGAAGGCCAGCAGGCCAGGAAGUGCCCCACUUGCCACAAGGCCUACGUGUCCAUGCCAGCGCUGGCCAUGCACAUGCUCACCCACGACCUGCGGCAUGAGUGUGGAGUGUGCGGCAAGGCGUUUAGCCGACCGUGGCUGCUGCAGGGUCACAUGCGCUCGCACACGGGCGAGAAGCCGUUCGCCUGCGCCCACUGCGGCAAAGCGUUUGCGGACCGCUCCAACCUGCGUGCCCACAUGCAGACGCACUCGGCCUUCAAGCAUUAUGAUUGCAAGCGCUGCGGCAAGAGCUUUGCACUCAAGUCCUACCUGAUCAGGCAUUACGAGUCGGCCUGCUUCAAGGGCUCCGGAGACGAAGGGGACUGCUGUCCUGAGGACUGA